ACGACCCGAACUCAAACAACAAAAGCCUUCAUCAUCGUCCUGUCUGUCUCAUGUUAUCCUUAAAUCAUUUACAGACUCAAUCUCUUUCUUGUUCGUUGUUGUACACGCUCUUGAUGGAAGUUCAAUCUUCCAUCACGAGCACACGAUUUCAAAACCUAAUUUUAUUGCCUCAAGGAGACAGGCCCUAAUUCCCCAAAAUUGAAGACCCGGAAACCCGAAUAAAGAGAGAAAAAGAAGGUGAAAAAGACGUUCAGGAUGUUUUCGGGGUGGCGGUUUGCGAAAACGGCGGAGGAGAUGGUGUCGAAGUGGGCGGUGAAGAGGGUUUGUAAAUUCUUUUUGAAGAAGAAACUAGGACAAUUUAUUUUAGGCGAUAUUGAUCUUGACCAGCUUGAUGUUCAGCUCGGUGAUGGCUCUAUUCAGCUCAAUGAUCUUGCGCUUAAUGUUGAUUUUCUUAACCAGAAGUUUGGUGCAGCGACGGCAGUAAGAAUAAAAGAAGGGUCUAUUGGCUCGUUGCUAGUUAAAAUGCCGUGGAAGGAUAAAGGUUGUCAAGUUGAGGUGGAUGAACUUGAGAUAGUUCUUGCUCCUUGUCAGGAUAAGUAUGAGUUUGGGGCUGGAGAUGAAAGUCGUAGUACUAGUCAAGAUGGUAGUCGUAGUAUGCAAUGGGAUUCUGGGCAGUUUGGGCAUGAUAUGGGGGAGAAUGUUUCCAAACCUUCAUGUGGCGAUGUUCAUGAAGGUGUUAAGAUGAUCGCCAACAUGGUUAAGUGGUUUCUUACAAGCUUCCAUGUUAGGAUAAAGAAGUUGAUUGUUGCAUAUGAUCCGUGUUUAGAGAAGGAUGAAAACAAGGUGGGGUCAAAUGUGACUUUGGUUUUUCGAAUAUCAGAAAUAGAAUGUGGAACUUGUAUUGCUGAAGAUGCUAGCUUGAAUGGUGAUGCAAGUGCUGAGAACUUUCUUGGAAUAAGUCGUCUAACAAACUUUGUGAAAUUUCAAGGAGCAGUUCUUGAACUUCUUCGUAUGGACGAUGUUGGCCAACAAACAGGCUCUUCGUGUACAUCAGGAAUGCCCUUUACUGAUGUAGUUUCCAAUCGCUCUCCAUCAAAUGUGAGAACUUCAAUCAUGAAAUGGAAAAGAGGUGGAUUUUCAGGGAAUAUAAAAUUGAGUAUACCCUGGAAGAAUGGUUCAUUAGACAUUCGCAAAGUGGAUGUAGAUGUCUGUGUUGAUCCUAUAGAAUUAAAAUUUCAGCCAAGCACAAUUAAAUGGUUCUUAGUUUCAUGGGAAACCUAUAAGAAGUUUGAUAAGGAUCGGAGGGUUCAUAUGAUUCACAAGUCAUCAGACUCAGUUUACUUUAAUGCAAGUUCUCAUUUCUAUUCAUCACCAAGCGUUUCUUCUCUUGUUGCCCCCGAUAAAAUGGUACCAAUUCAUGGUAGCUAUUCUUCCAAUUUAUCUUCUUUGAAUGGACAAGAUUCUGUUACUGAAACUACUCUACCUGGCUCACAUCUUAUACUGGAUUGGGUGCCUCAUCCUGUCAACAAAAACCAGAAAGAUGGUAUUGGAGAAGUUGAUUUAGGGGCAAGUGUGAACCAAUUUUUUGAAUGCUUUGAUGGAAUGAGAAAUUCUCAAUCCGCCCUAGGAAGCAGUGGGAUGUGGAACUGGACUUGUUCUGUUUUCAGUGCUAUAACUGCUGCAUCAAAUCUUGCUUCUGGGACUUUGCAGGUUCCUUCUGAACAACAGCAUGUCCAAACCAAUCUUAAAGCAGUUUUUGCUGGAGUUUAUAUUGUGUUCUCCUUUCAUGAUGAAGAUGAGAAGCAGUCAUAUGAUGGAAAAGGUGAUCAAAUAAAUGUUGAGUCACAUAUUCAUUGUCUGGGUGCCGAAUGCAGAGAUAUUUCUCUUGUUGUGCAGGUUUGUCCUCAAGAAACAAGGGUUGAUGGAACAGUGAAGAAAAUAGAUGUUGCCGACUACUUUCACAAUGACACCGAUGUGAUGAACUUCCACUUAAGGGAGGGUGGCAAAUAUAUUGACAGUCAAACUGUUUCAGUUCAGCAUCUGCAAGACGAAGUUCUUGGUGCUCUACCUCCAUUUGCCCCAUCUGCAAAAGUUCAUGAUAUGGAUGAAUCAAUUGGGAUAAUUGAUGCGGAUGUUCCUUUUGGGAAUAAAGAUGAUGUGGUCAAAAUCUCUUUGCUUAGGACUUCAGGUAUCACUCAUUGCCAAUGCACUAUGAGUACAAACCCAUCACAUGCCAGUUUAGCGGGUUCAGCAUUGUUUUCAUUGAAACUGCCUCCUUUCAUUUUCUGGGUGAACUUCCAUUUGAUAAAUAUGUUAUGGGAUCUUUAUAACGAAGUUGUUAGUUCUCUUGAGAUGACUAACAGAAAGAAUGGGUCAUGUGAGGUGGUUGAUGAGAAGCAUAGGUCUUCUCAUGGGGAUGUGAAAAAAGGCUCUUGUCCUCCUGUUACUACCGUGUCUGCAACAGAAAGUUUUCACGGGGAUAUAUCAAUCCCUGAUGCUAGGGUAAUACUAUGCUUUCCUUUUAAUGGUGGUAAAGACAUUGGAGGCUACUUUUCCUGGAAUCAAUUCAUUGCUCUUGAUUUUUCUUCACCAUCAACUUUUAACAAGGGAGUAGUUCAACACCCUUGUGCAAAUUUGGAAGGGACUUCUCAGAAAAGGUUUUCUUCAACAGCCAUACGCUCUUUGAACUUGAAUGUCGGUGAUCUUGAUAUUUACAUGGUUAGCUCUACCUUUAAAGACGAUGUUGGAAUCAACUCCUGCAGUACACAGGGGAAAAAAAUGUUUGCACAUAACAUUUUAUCGGUCAGCAACAGAACUGGUCGUCUUUCCGUCAUUAGUAUGCUUUGGCAAGAUGGUCCUGUGACCGGUCCUUGGAUCGCAAAGAGAGCCAAGUUCUUAGCUACUUUUGAGGAAGACAGGAGCAGAAAUAAAUUCAGGGGAAAAGGUUGUGAGUUUGCCACUGUAAAUACUCUGAAAGAUCUGGAAGAUAGAUAUUCUCGAACUCGAGAAGAGAUAGUUUUGAGCUCCGCCUUUUUCUUGCAUGUUCGUGUAUUUCCACUUGCCAUCAAUCUUGACAGUUCUCAAUACCGUGGUUUACAUGAACUCUUAAACCAGAUAAUUAGUGGACUAUCAUGUGUGGCCCAUGACAAAAUUGGUAGCAGUGGAGAAUCUUCUGGGUGCCAAACAUCAGUAAUUGUGGAGUGUGAUUCCGUAGAACUCUUAAUUGAACCAGAUAUCAAGGAGAAUAUAAAAGGCUCUAUGCAAAGUGAACUUCCUGGAUCUUGGAAUUCAUUAAAACUGAGAAUUCAGAAGUUCAGUUUGCUCUCAGUCUCUAACAUUGGAGGCAUUAAGGAUGCCAGUUUUUUUUGGCUGGCCCACGGUGAAGGUUCAUUGUGUGGUUCUGUGACUGGAGUGCCAAGUCAAGAGCUUCGUCUAAUCUCGUGUAGCAAUUCUUCAAUGAAGCGUGGUGAUGGAGGAGGUUCAAAUGCACUAUCUUCUAGAUUAGCUGGUUCUGAUAUUAUAUACUUGUUGGAGCCAGAGACCUCCCACGGCUUUACAUCUGUUACUGUCAGAUGCAGCACGAUUGUGGCAGUUGGUGGUCGCUUAGAUUGGUUGGAUGCAAUAAUUUCAUUUUUUAGUUUGCCCUCUCUUGAAAUUGAAGAAGCGGGUGACAAUAGUUUGCAAAAGGGGGAUUUAAUUGUUCCUUCCAAAGCUUCUUUUGUUCUUAAUCUGAUUGAUGUAGGUCUGAGUUAUGAGCCCUACUUUAUAAAUUUGAUGGUCCACAGUAAUGCUCUUGAUUCUGAGUUGGGUUCUACCAAAUUAAAUGAAGAAACAGACAUCCAAUAUGUUGCUUGUUUGUUAGCUGCAUCGUCAUUAGUUCUUUCGAACACAACUGUGGCGAAUUCCAUGGACAAUGACUACAGAAUUAGAGUGCAAGAUCUAGGUCUUCUUCUUUGUGCAGUGUUGGAGCCUAAGAAACUUGGUGGCACUUACAGUGCACAGCAUCUUCAUGAGAUUGGUUAUGUUAAAGUUGCUCAAGAAGCUCUCCUUGAAGCAGUUUUAAGAACUAACAGCCAGAACAGCCUCCUCUGGGAGUUGGAAUGUUCAAAAUCUCACGUUAACGUGGAUACUUGCCAUGACACCACCUCUGGUCUGAUACAAUUGGCUACUCAACUUCAACAACUUUUUGCCCCUGAUAUGGAGGAAUCUCUUGUACAUUUGCAAAAUCGGUACAAUAAUGUGCAGCAGGCACAAGAGGGGAAUGAUUUCAUCGAUGACAAUAGGAUAUUAAAUAGUGAUUGUGCCUCAUCAACUUCUCAAAUGAAUAUUUUAACUGCAGAUGCAAAUACUAAAUCUGGGUCGGCAGGUUUGAUGGAUGAGAUAUCUGAAGAUGCAUUCCAUUUAGAUGGGAAUCAGACCUGCCAAUUUGAUUGUACUGGGUCACAAUUUCCUAUUUUAUUUGAUGAUGCUCUCCUUCGAGAGGCGUGUAGCUUAAGUGUUGAAACUCCGGAGAAUAUCUCCUCUGAUCUGUCCGUUAAUGGAUCAACACCCCUUUUAGGAUUAGAAAACAGUCAAACCUCAUCUCUGCAGACUGGUUGCUACCCAGAAUUUAUAGAAGGUUACUGUUUGGCUGACUUACGCUCUCUGUCAGAAUUACCUUUAGGCAGACAGUCAUCACCUCAGAAUUUUAAACGCAGACCCAGAAAUGUGAGGGAUGAAGAUCUUGGGAAAGGAAAUUGUGGUUGGUAUGGUGAUGCCCAUUUUAGAAUUGUAGAAAAUCACUUGUCAGAAGCAAGUGUGCAAACUACGGUGAAACAAGCUUUAGAGGGCAAGCUUUCAGCUUUUGAAUCUGCAGGAUCUGAUGAUUUUGGGAAGGCCUUCGGACGUGUGCUUUUUAAGAACAUUAAUAUCUCAUGGAGAAUGUAUGCUGGUUCUGACUGGCAUGAAUCAAGAACAAAUGGUGAGGACACCACAAGCACACAUGGAAGGGAUAUGACUGUAUGUUUAGAGCUUGCGUUGUCUGGGAUGCAAUUUCAAUAUGACAUUUUCCCAAUUGGUGGAAUGUCUGUAUCAAAACUUUCUCUUUCAGUCCAAGAUUUCCGUCUCUAUGACAAGAGCAGAGAUGCACCUUGGAAACUGGUGCUGGGAUAUUAUGAAUCAAAAGAUCAUCCUAGAGAAUCUGCUUCAAAAGCAUUCAGGCUGGACUUAGAAGCUGUCAGGCCGAAUCCUCUAACUCCACUUGAAGAGUACAGAUUGCGUGUUGCUAUCCUUCCAAUGCUAUUGCAUCUUCAUCAAUGCCAGCUUGAUUUUCUCAUUGAUUUUUUUCAAGCUAAAAGCCCGUCAGUUGUGAAGUCCCCAGCUUGUCAUAAAGAUUCAUGUGAUUCAAGUUUGUUGGCGACAAGGAGGAAAAAUCUUGCUGGGCAUACAAUUGCAGAUGAAGCAUUGCUUCCUUAUUUUCAGAAGUUUGAUAUAUGGCCCCUUCUUGUUCGAGUUGAUUACAGUCCUAGCCGUGUGGAUCUAGCGGCACUAAGAGGUGGAAAGUAUGUAGAACUUGUAAAUCUUGUACCCUGGAAGGGGGUUGAGCUGCAGCUUAAGGAUGUUCACGCAGUUGGCAUCUAUGGUUGGGGAAGUGUGUGUGAGACAAUUCUAGGGGAGUGGUUGGAAGAAAUAUCCCAAAAUCAGAUUCAUAAAUUGCUGCGAGGUUUGCCCCCAGUUCGGUCAUUGGUUGCUGUUGGUUCUGGUGCUGCAAAGCUGGUUUCAUUGCCUUUUGAGAACUACAGGAAAGAUCGGAGGGUACUCAAAGGAAUGCAAAGAGGUACUAUUGCAUUUCUUAGAAGUAUAUCGCUUGAAGCUGUUGGGCUUGGGGUUCAUUUGGCAGCAGGGGCUCAUGACAUUUUGCUUCAAGCCGAAUGUAUUCUUAUGAGCGUUCCUCCUUCUGUGUCAUGCCCUGUACAAGACAAGACAAAGACAAAUGUAAGAUGUAAUCAGCCAAAAGAUGCCCACCAAGGAAUCCAGCAGGCUUACGAGAGUUUCAGCGAUGGCCUUGGGAGAUCUGCUUCUGCUUUAAUUCAACAACCAUUGAAAAAGUACCAGCGAGGAGCUAGUGCUGGAUCUGCUUUGGCAACUGUUGUACGGGGAGUUCCUGCAGCUGCUAUAGCUCCAGCUUCUGCUUGUGCAAGCGCUGUACAUUAUGCUCUUCUUGGCAUCAGGAAUAGCCUUGAUCCUGAGCAUAAAAGGGAAUCCAUGGAGAAAUAUUUGGGUCCUACUCAGCCAAGGGAACGAAAUUGAUGGUUCAUUCGAUAAUCAUGAUAACAUCAAUCUCAUUACUCUACAAAUUCCAUGCACCUUGCGUGUGAUCUCAAUGUUGCCUUAAUUCCAUCACAUGCCUGAUCAAAGAUCUCCCAAUUCCCCACCAGCUAAAGGUAAUUAUUGGAGAGAUUUCUGUGCAAGUGUGGUAGACUCUCCAUGAAACACGUGUACAGAGAAUGGAGAACCAUUAAUAGAUUCUUUCCCGUCAACAUAAGUGAAGAUGGAAUUUUUGUACAAAAUGUAAAAUACCUCUGCUGCUGCUGCUUAUAAAAUUUAUACCUUAUGGAUGUGUUGUAUAAUUAUAGGGAUCCAAUUUUAUAGCUAAUUGUAGAGUGUUAUUCUUUCAAAGCCUUAGUGACAAUGUAUGUAUAUCAUUAGUUUGCUGUAUAUAGCUUAUGAUCUCAUUUUUGUAUAAAAAAAAGUUUGAUUAUUUAUACAAUA